UAGCAAGCAGUUUGCUACCUGUCAUGCUAGCUAGGGUUUGGAGACCGACGGAGAGGACAUUUUGUGAAAGAGCCGAUAUUUGUACAAGUUACGGCACAAAUAAAUACGCUAUUUACGAUAAAGACAAACUCGAGAAUUUUGACUGAUAAAGGAGUGAUUGGGAAUAAUAAUUGUUUAGAUUAAGUUGGUAUUUUCAAAGAAGUAGUUGUUUUUAGACGCGGUUUAGUCACAGUUAGCCUUUUAGCUAACGUUAGCCUAGCUAUAUUAGGGCCGAAGUUUAGCUGAUAUUGGCUGGCCAGCUAGCUAACUCUCCAGUACUACGUUACCCUGUCGGGCGAAGUUGGUGAAAAUUCACAUUGUAACGCUCGGAGCGAGGAUGGCGCUGAAAAGGAUCCAUAAGGAGCUCAACGACCUGGCUCGCGACCCGCCUGCACAGUGCUCAGCAGGGCCGGUGGGCGAUGACAUGUUUCACUGGCAAGCUACAAUCAUGGGCCCUAAUGACAGUCCAUAUCAGGGAGGAGUGUUCUUCUUGACCAUUCAUUUCCCUACAGACUAUCCUUUCAAACCCCCUAAGGUUGCGUUUACCACCAGAAUUUACCACCCAAAUAUUAACAGUAAUGGCAGUAUCUGUCUGGAUAUCCUCAGAUCACAGUGGUCUCCUGCAUUAACUAUUUCUAAAGUUCUUCUGUCUAUUUGCUCUCUGUUAUGUGACCCCAACCCUGAUGACCCCCUGGUGCCAGAGAUCGCACGCAUCUAUAAAACAGAUAGUGAGAAGUAUAACAGACUAGCUCUGGAGUGGACAGCCAAGUACGCCAUGCUGUAGGAUACAGCAGAAUAGCAAGAGAAUGGACGCAGAAAUACGCCAUGUGAUGACUGGUCUCACAGCUCAUCGGAAGGAGAAUGUUGUAGCUGGAUUCAACUUAAAUUGCGGGUUUUGCUUUUGUUCGUUUUGUUCUUGGCUUAGAACCACGCCCCCUUCCCUAUUUUCACUCAUCCAUGUUACUCAUAAGAAGACAGUGUCUCUAGCUUGGACAAACUGUGUGUGUGUGUGCGCGUGUGCGUGUGCGCGAGUGUGUGCUGAUUUUAUUUAAGUAAAAAAAAAAAAAAAGGAAAAUACUUUCAUCUGGAGUCUUCCAUCGGCCGUAUUCUGAAGCAUGCAACAGCUGUAUUGGUGUGCCGUGUGGCCUGCCGGUGCUGGGCCUCCUUCCAUGUGGUUAUCAGACUACACCACCCAACCAGUGUUCCACCCACCCUGUUCUGACCUCCCUGCUGAAGAACACGCUCUGGGGUGAACCCCCCCCCUAAAUACAGAUCUAGGAUCAGGUUCCCUUCUGUACAGUUCUACCAUUUAUCCAUUAGUCUGGAAAAUGCUAAACUGAUCCACGAUCAGCUCCCAUGGGCAACUUCACUCGGCACCAAAGACACCUGACCCAAAUGGACAGUGUCUCUGGGCCCAGCCGGUGGUGUGGCGUCAUCGUCCGUGUCUGAAAUGGUAGCCUAUCCCCUAUGUAGAUUACUUCUUAAACACCCUUUAGAUUUUGUUCGGGUACGUCUGACCGGACCCCUGUUCGAUAAUGGGUGCAUAUAAAGGGUGCCUGCGUCACAAUGUCCUUCUUUCUUCCUGAAGUUGUUCGUUCCAAGCACAUUUGAAAUCGUUGGAUUGUUGUAGCCAUUGAUUAGAUUGGUGUUUCCCAAACCUGGUUCUGGGGCCCAGAGGGAUACUCUGUUCUUGCCUUUGCACGCCUACCUUUUUGACACUGACAGCUUUAUAAGUUGAAUCAAGUGUGCGCACGCAUUGACAAACUGAGCACAUCUUUGGACUGGGACUGGGAUUGGAGAACACUGGGUUAAAUGUAGUUACAACUUAAAUGCACUUUCCUUUCAAAUCCUUGUAGUGAACAGCUGCACACUUGGGAAUAAAGCAGAGAUUGUUUGAAGUAUUGCAGUGUGCUAGUAGUGUUCUCUGUAGGGAAUAGGGUGUAUUUUGGGACACGUCAGUACAACGUUUUCUACUGGUGUUAGAUAAUGAACCACGGCCUGAGAACAUAACCAUGUCAUAAACAACUGUAGACAAACCCUGUGCCGUGUCAACACCCACAGGAGAAUAUAAGGAUUUUAAUGUUGUAUUUUAUGCAUGAUAUUAAUAAAGGUGUAUAUAAAUCUAAUAUGUUCUGCAGAUUGUGGUUAAAUUGCAGGGGUGGGCAGAUGGAAAUGUAAUCCCUUUUUAAAAGCUUUCUUUUUCAUGGUUUUAGAACUGUAACUAUAGUUCAGUCACCAACGUAGACACUGUCUUCUUGUGACUCUGAAACAUGAUGCUAAGCUUAUAGUUGAACUGUCAACUGUUGGCUUUGAUUCCUUUUUUGUUUUCCCUUCAAUAAAGUUGCUAAAAUAUA